AUGAAACAGCAAGCUUGUCGUGGUAAUAUAUGGGUUAACGUUACAAAGGAAGGACCAUGCGGUGAGUACUUAAUGCACGUGUGGCGAUUUGUUCAUGAAAUUAUUCAUUUUGUUGAUUAAAACUCAACUUGAUCGAAGUGAUCUGUGUCCCGGUCUGUGAAACUAGUCAGGAUUCAAUUUUCUUCAAUUGUGCAUUUAACUUCUCUGUUCUUCUUUGGCGUUUUUCUUUCUUGUUUUCAAUUGUCGCUUUGAGUUUUUCUAUCUCACCGAGGACGUAUUUUAUAGCCUCUUUCAAGUUUAAGUCUCUCUUGCAUAACUCACAACUGAAUAGUAGUUUGUUCAUUUAAGAGUACUUUUCUUAGGAAUUUGCCAGCAUUAAAGCAGUCUUAAGUAAGCUGACACCCGUUUUACCACCAGGCAUUGUGCGAUAUUUUGAUUUCUUGCUCAUUCUACGAGCAACGCUUACUUUCAAACUAUACGACAUGUAACUACUCUAACUUACUAUAAUCCAAAAUGUUAUCAUUUCCUUUCUCGUUGUAUUGUUCGGUUUCACUCAUUUUUGGACUUUGAACUCUGCAUUUCUUCUCUUUAGAUAAGGAAUGCAGCCCUCUUUUAGAUAUCGCUUUUAUCAUCGAUUCUUCUGGAAGUAUUGGCCGGAUGAAUUGGGAAAGAACAAAACGUUUUGUUAAAGCUGUGAUCAGCAAACUCGAAGUUAGUCCUUCCGCAGCGCAUGUGGCUGCCAUAUCAUAUAGCACCAAUCCUCGGGUGGUGAUCAGGUUUAAUAGCUUCCAAGGGACACUGCAGGUCAACCAAGUAUUCGAUGAUAUGCGAUGGGAGCGUGGCUACACCUACACAGACAAAGCUCUUCUUUUAGCAGACUCAGAGCUAUUUCAGACUUCAUAUGGGAUGAGGUCAAAUGCAAAGAAGGUGAGAAGACCCCUUUCCCCAAGAUUUCUGUGUGCGUGUCAUAACGGGUGAUGACGGCCAACUAAAGAGCUAAGCGGAACACGGAAUUUUAGAAAAGACGUUUUAUGUUUGUUAUUUAAGAACGUAGCGCUACGCGUCACGAUUACUUCUUUUUCCAAGUGAGGAAAGGUUGAUCAGAUAUGCUGCAUUUUUUUUAUUUCAUAGCUUUACUAGAUUUUCCGUGCACUUCAAUUGAUUCGAUUAUCUGAUUUCAAAAUUUUUUUGAAAUAACAUUCCUUUCAUUUAGAUUGCCAUCGUGAUCACAGAUGGUAAGCAGACGACGACAUCGCAAUACACCAAACUUUCAGAGGCCUCGAGAGGAAUCAAAAACAAAGGGGUCAUUGUCUAUGCCAUUGGGGUUGGUAGUGGAGUUGACCAAGCAGAGUUGGAAGAGAUUGCAUCUAGACUGGAUUAUGUAUUUACAUCGUCAUCAUUCGAAAGCCUCCAGAACGAGGCUUCAAAAAUACGAAAAAGUGUAUGCGAUGUAUCAAAACCUGGUAAGUGAAUGGCAUUGAGCCGAACUUACACUGGUUAUUUUCCCUUGAUAGGUUUUCCGUUCAUAAAGGUUACUGUGUCAGCGCACGUGGAUAACAAGUAUUUCCUUUACUUCUCAAACACCGCAACAUGGUUUUAAUCGGCGAGAGUAAAUUUUUAAGACAACAAUCCGUGUUACAUGAAAAAUACACUCAUUUUCAACCAAUCAAAUCUCAUGUACAUUAUUAUAUGAAAAAUGCACCUGUUCUCAGUCAAUCAAAAGUGCGUAAUAUCUUUAAAUACAUUAUUAUGCAAGCUCAAGACCUGUGAAAGUUUAAACUGAAACUGGCUUACAGGAAACGCGGCUCAAAGACAAUACUUUGAACCGUUUUGGCCAGUUUUUAAGCUUUAAAAGCUUUUUCAUGAUGCUGGACUUCAGUCCAGUCAAGAAUUUUCCAAAUCUCGUGUUCCUCCACCUUUCCAUUAUUCUUUAAUCGCGGUUUCCUGUGUGUCUUACAGCGGAACUAAGAAAAGCCAAGGCUCAAACGGAAUGUUAAGUGACCAAUUUUUCUUAGUCUGAGCACUUCAAGGUAAAUUGAAGUUUGUAAAUAGUUUAAGAACAAUGGCAAGUUUUUAGCUCACUAAAGAAAUAGAGAAAGGAAUUUUUCGUCUUGUCACGAGUGUUGGACACAGUACCCAACAUGACGUUAUCGACAUCGCUGAUCUUAGCAGUGUGCACCUCGCUCACCGUAGACUCGCUGCCGCUCAGUAGUAGAGGAUGAGAGCGCGGAAUCCGAAGGUCUGAGGUUCGAUUCCUCAUGGGACUCAGAAGUUUUUCUUUGUCCCACGCAGGACGAAAAACCUCUUUCUCUAAAUUGAAGUUAUUUUACCUCUUUUUUAAUAGAUCCCUGUCUGAAUACUCCCUGUAAUGCUCCAUACAACCUCGGAUGCAAAGUUGUGGACAAUACAGCACAGUGCAUAUGUCCCACCUGUCCGAACAUACUGAAGCCUGUUUGUGCAUCAGAUGGCGUCGAGGACCUGAGUGAAUGUCAUUUAGAACGUCAAGCCUGCCAAGGAAAUGUUGAUGUUUCUGUUGCGAAGCGGACAUCAUGUGGUGCGUUGAUUGUCCAUUUUUCCAUCUUGUAUGUUGACAAUUCGUCUCCCUCGCCAGAUUUUUUCAAAGUUGCUUGGAGUUGUAAUCAUAAAAUAAAACGAGUUUAAUUUUGACGUGCACCCGUCAACAAGGAACACAAGAUCAUCACAAAUCAUUCCCAUUAGAGAAAUUUCAAAAAAAAAUUGCGCCCUCGAUGAAGAGGCAACUGGCCUCUUUUAUGGAGAGAGGAGAUGAAACUCGCAGAAAUAUUUGAAAUAUUUUACAUGUUUCUUUAGACGUAUUGAUUGCAUCCUUGACUACCCUUUUUUCUCUUAGUUGGAAUUCAAUAUUUGAUUGUGUAUAGCCGGAAUUUUAAAACAUUGUCGCUCUAUGUUUCUCUUUCGAGAAUCAUUUACUUCUUUUCAUUAUCAGACAAAGACUGUCGACCCAUCAUGGACAUAGCUUUCAUCAUUGACUCCUCUGGUAGCAUUGGGAGUAGUAACUGGGAAAGAAUGAAACGAUUCCUUAAAGCGCUGGUCAGCAAACUUGACGUUAGUGCUUCUGCCACACACGUAGCAGCUGUCGCUUACAGUACGAAUCCACAGGUGGUGAUGACGUUCAGAAACUUUCAAGGAACAUCUCAGGUUAAUCAGGUGUUAGAUUUUAUGAGAUGGCAACGCGGCUUGACCUAUACGGACAAAGCUCUCCAGCUUGCAGACAGAGAACUUUUUCAGACUGCAAAGGGAAUGAGAUCUAGUGUACCAAAGGUAGGAAGGGUUCGUUAAGAAGGAGUGGGCUUCAUUUUAAGAAAUUUACCCGAAUUAGAAAGUGUAGCCCACAUACUUAGUCACCUUGAUCUCUCUUUCCUUUUGCUCAUUUUUUUACAUGAAGCACUCGUUUUGAUUAAUCGCUAGGAAUAACCUGAUGACGCUCGAGUCUGAUCUUAGGUUACCUAUAGCAUCUCCUUGUUUGAAAGCGCUUUGACAUCCCCAGAGAUUGUAUGUCAUAUAAACUCUAACACCAUGCUCAUGUUACCUUGUGUAGCCCCCCCUAUUUGAAGCAAACCAUAGUUUCUUCUGAAGUCCCUUUACAAUAAGGAAGACUGGUGGUCUAUCUUACAGCCCGCUUCCCUUUAUUGCCCGCUUCUCUUCUUUGGAGCCCUUUGUCCUCUUAUCUACCCCUCCCUCUAAAAGAGGGUUCCUAGUUUGUAAAAUGUUUUCCACCACUUCCCCUACACUCCCAUUACAUUUUGAUGAUUUUUACUCAAUAUUUCCGAUAAUACUUUCUAGGUAGCCUUUGUAAUCACAGAUGGUAAGCAGACGACAACAGGAUCGUACACGCAGCUUUCCGUGGCUUCUCAAGGAAUGAAACGCAAAGGUGUCACUGUAUACGCUCUCGGGGUCGGCAGCAGGGUCGACCAAGCUGAACUUGAACAGAUUGCCUCAGGAUCACAAAAUGUUUAUAAUUCAACAUCAUUUAAAGAUCUAAAGAAUAUAGCCGGAGAGAUAAGACACCACUUUUGUAGAGGUAUAGAAGAAUUUCUGCAAAUUUUCUUAAACAUGGCUUCUAUUGGGAAAUAGGAGGUUAGUUAUUGAAAAAAGUCAACAAUGCGUAUUGUUAUAGACUUUCACCCCAAAAAACAAGCACUGUGAUUAGUUGAUUCUUGGUCACGUACCCCUAAUCACAUUAAAUGUAUCCCGACCGGGAUGUAAUUGCGCAGUUUGUUGCCGGCGUGCUGAAUACAACAGCAUGUUUUUGCCACAUGAUUGUUUAAGGAAAGUACAAAUAUAAAACAAAGCCCUUAAUGUAUGGUCCCUUGGGAAACUAGUUAGUUUUUUUUUUUUCCCGAGAGUCCUGAUGUUCAUCAGAAAAACAACACUAACGGUUUCCCGCGGUGUGUAUAAUGUUUUACAGGCAACCGAUGAAGAUUUUGGACUGGACAAAGAUCAAGUCUCAUUAUCCCUCCAUUAUCCCUCCUGUUAAAGUGAUUUAGGCAGAUAUUUUGACUCAACCAUCCAAAAUUGUAAAUGUGACAAUUAUGCUUUCUUUCUUUUUGAUUAGCGUAUGUUACUGGACCCUCAACAACUCCAACACCAACUACUCCAGGUAAUUGUGCCACUUUAUCUAGUUGUCGUCAUCGAGUUCCACAUUAAAUCGUGAAAUAAUCACUUUGGUAACGAUUGGAAAUCUUUUCCCUCAACCUGGAAAUGGCGCUGGAAAUGCUUACUGGGUAACGAGUUCGAGUUUUAAUCAAAUAGAAGAAAAUAGUCAAUCGCCCAGAAAGCUAGUUCGGCAUAUUGCUUAAAAUAAGACAACAUGGGGUGCAACAAAGUGAAACUCUACCUUUGCUACAGAAUCCCUCAAAUUGUCUUAAUGGUUUAGAAAAAUACGCUCGUACUAUUCUGGGAAAAGCAUUAUUGACAGAGAAAAUCCCCAGCAAAUUUUAAUGCAGGGAAUGUCGACCAACAUGUAAACGACUCUCUCUUAUGCGUGAGCUAGUCAUGUUCCGUUGCAUGUGGAUAUUUGUUUAAUUGUUUUCUUGCUAUUCCGAGCUCGCCAUCCUAGGGUGAGUAAAGCUGACUCAACUAUACAUUUUGUAGAUCCAUGUGCUAUAGGCUGCACUGUUCCGUUCAAUGAAGGCUGCCGUGUAGUGAACAAUACUGCACAGUGCAUUUGCCCCACUUGCCGAAAUAUAGUCCUCCCUGUAUGUGCAACUGAUGGAGUACAGGAUCAGAGCGACUGCCAUAUGAGAAGACAAGCUUGCCGGGGAGAUAUAGGUGUUACUGUUGCAAAGCAGGGCGCGUGUGGUGAGUUUAAUACCUUUUAACAAUAGCUCUUAAAAACGUUUUCUUGGUGUUUUGACUUCACGAAAGUAGCGGGUACUCAAAUGAUGCGGCACCUUUGACCUCUAGGUUCCGAAAGUAUAGAGUGUUGCUACUUUGGAAUUAGAGAACCAUAAAACUAAAAUAUCCAAGGAUACGUUUCAGGGGAAUCCUUCUAAAUGAUUAUGGUAGCUUUGUAGUCUAUUGAAUAAAAAUCAUGAUGCUUAUCUUUGUCUUUUUCAAAUUUCUAUCAGAUAAGGAGUGCCGCAAUGUGGUGGACAUCGCCUUUGUUAUCGACUCAUCUGGAAGUAUUGGUCGCAAAAAUUGGGAAAGAAUGAGGCGAUUCCUAAAAGCUCUGGUCAGCAAACUUGACGUCGAUUCCUCUGCCACUCAUAUAGCUGCUAUUGCAUACAGUACCAAACCUAAAGUGGAAAUGAAAUUUGACGGCUUGCAGAGCACCAACCAGGUUAAUCGAUUAUUUGAUAGAAUGCUAUGGCAACGUGGUGUUACCUACACGGACAAAGCUCUCCUUCUUGCAAACAAAGAGGUGUUCCAGACAUCAGGCGGGAUGCGACUACACGUACCAAAGGUACAGGUUCUAUUGUGUCUAAAUUUGCUGUUUCCAUUUCAGUAUCAUAUUUCUAAGGAAUGUGAUUAUAGAGUGUGUAGAAAGGUUCUUACGUGCCAAUUUAAUAUUGGAUAGACCCGACACAGCUAAACUUUUUGUAUUUUGAAUGGGAAAUCAACCCCGAUAUCCAUUACGUCUGAUUACACGAAGUCAUUCAAUCUGAUGCGUUUGAGCAAAAACAUAUUCCAAAGGCAAACGAUCUACAGGUACUCGUCAAAUCUAUUUGACUCACUGUAACAAAAUAAUGACAUUUUUAUUCUAAGAAUACUUAAAAAAACUUGCCUUUUUUUCUAGUUAGCAAUUGUGGUCACAGACGGCAAGCAAACAAAAGUACCAUCUUACACCAGACUUUCAGUAGCGUCUCAAGGGAUGAAGGACAAAGGAGUCAUUGUAUAUGCCGUGGGAGUUGGUAGGGAAGCGAACCGCGCAGAGUUAGAAGAAAUUGCAUCCGGAUCACAAUACGUUUUAACAUCGUCAUCAUUUCAGGAUCUCCAGAAUCUCGCCCCAGAGAUGAUAAGGCGAUUGUGUGAGCACAAACUAUCAGGUCGGUCCACGUAAACAAUGCAGAGGUACAAUUAUCGUAGUAACAAGUGAAGAGCGCGUUGCUUUAAAUUGUCAAUAUUUCAUAUAUAUAUUGUUUCUUGAUUAAGCUUACCUGGCUAUUGGAAUUUGUUAGGGAAAUAUUCAAAUGUCUCCUUUUAAAAUGUUUUAUGCGCUAUCUUUUCUCAACAGUAUCAACUCCAACUCCAACAACAACUCAAUUAUUGACAACCCCAGGUAUUUAUCUGCUUUUUCGACCAAUUUCGAUACCGAUUUUAGAAGAAAGUGAACUACUUAGACAAUAUUUUUACCACAAUCUUUGAUUAAUUAAGGAAUAUUUUCUCAUCAAAUCUCACAGAUCCUUGCCAAACGACGGGCUGCAGAGCUCCAUACAAUAUUGGCUGUCGUGUAGCAGACAAUAAGGCGGAAUGCAUUUGCCCAACUUGUCAGAAUACCUAUCGACCUGUUUGCGCAACAGACGGUGUCCAGGACUUAAACGAGUGUUAUCUAAGACAACAAGCCUGUCAGGGAGAUAUUAAAGGCGUCACCGUUGCCAAGCAGGAGCCUUGUGGUAUGUUUACCACUCACUUAUCAGUGAUGUUGCCUAUUACUUACAUUUUUACCUCUCUUAUUGUCAGUGUGUUAAAAACAAUUCAUGCGCUAAGCCAUCAUUCACCCUCAGUAUUUCCUGUUGUUCUUUUUUAUGUUAAUGCCUUGUUGUUUUCAUAUAGAAAUCAGCAUUCUAAUGUGGAAGCACUUAUUUACCUCUUAUUUUCUUGCGCAGAUAAGGAGUGUAGCGCCGUUGUGGACAUUGCAUUCGUAAUUGAUUCAUCUGGGAGUAUCGGACGUAAGAACUGGGAGAAAAUGAAGCGAUUCCUCAAGGCUUUGGUCAGUAAACUUGAUGUUCGUCGCUCUGCCACACACAUAGCAGCUGUUGCAUACAGUAACAGUGCUGUAGUAGUAACAAGAUUUAGUGACAUCCAGAGCACAAUAGAGGUAAACCGAAAGUUAGAUGGGAUGCGUUGGCAACGUGGCUUCACUUACACGGACAAAGCUCUUCUCCUAGCGAACAGAGAUCUGUUUCAGACAGCGAAUGGGAUGAGAUCGCGUGCGCCUAAGGUAAGGACCGUUUAAAAACUUUUUUUUAUCCCUUUUAAAACAAAUUGUCCUUUUUUAAGUACAAGUAACGCAGCCCCCCUAAAAAGGAGGUCAUCUCCGUCUCAGAAUUAUCCUAUUUAAUCUUUACUGUUUCAAUUGACCUUUAUAUUCGAGGGGAUAAUAACCAGUUCAGUGUCUCCUGUGGUUUGUUUUUCCUUUUAAGUCCGGCAUUAGCGUGCCAUAGUUAUGGUUAUAUUCGAUUUAAGAUUUAUAUUGAUAAGGAAUAUUAUUUACACUGUGUUUGGACAGUUGGCCUUUGUGAUCACAGACGGUAAUCAAACCACGUCAAAGCCCUACACCAAACUUUCAGUGGCUUCUCAAGGAAUGAAAAACAAAGGCGUAACUGUGUAUGCUCUCGGCGUUGGCAAUAAAGCUGCCCGUGCGGAGCUUCUGGAGAUUUCAUCUGGCCCACGGUAUGUUUUUAGCUCGUCAUCAUUUGAAGAACUUCAAAAGCUCGUCUCACUGCUGACAAGAGAAUUUUGUGAGGACAGGCUAACUAUUACAACCACAGGUAAGUGGCUUUGAACACGGUUAUGGCAGUAUCCUUGGAUUGUCGAGGUCAGAGUGUACUCGCAUAAUUUCGCCUUUAUGACAUUGUUUUUUUGUUUUUUUAUUGGUAAGCCUGCUUUUGGAGAUGACUACAUUUCUAGAGUUUCAAAUGUUUCUGACUUUCCUUCAUUUUAAUCAACAGUUCCAACUCCACCCUCGACAACACCGCCUUUGCCAACUACCCCAGGUACUUAAAUGGAAUUUUCUAUAAAAUUGCUUUCAAACGUCAGGAGAAGAUAAUUAAUAAGGAAGUUUUUUCUCAUCAAAUCUCACAGAUCUUUGCCAAACGACGGGCUGCAGAGCUCCAUACAAUAUUGGCUGCCGCGUAGUAGACAAUAAGGUGGAGUGCAUUUGCCCAGCUUGUCAGAAUAUAUAUCGACCUGUUUGCGCAACAGAUGGUGUCCAGGACUUAAACGAGUGUUAUCUAAGACAACAAGCUUGUCAGGGAGAUAUUAAGGGCGUAACUGUUGCCAAGCAGGAGCCUUGUGGUAUGUUCACCAUUCACUUGUUAGUGAUUUGGCUUAUUACUUACAUUUUCACCUCUCUUAUUGUCAGUGUGUUAAAGAACUAAGGGCCUGUUUACAUGGAGGUGGGGGGCCCCAGGUAGGUGAGGUAACCCGCCUAGGUAGGGUAACCCGCCUGUCCAUAUAAUUUCUUAUUUUAUCUUGAUCACGUUUACAUGAUAGGUGAGGUGACCCGCUUAGGUGGGUUGCCCAGUCUGCCAGGUAGGGUAACCCUGUCAGCCGGGGUGACAAUUUGCCAUGUAAACGUCUCAAGGUGGGGUAAACCGCCUAGCCGGGGCCGCGUUCAUGGCAAAAAGCUCAAAAGCGAAACAUGUGUGUUUUAAAACUUUGUACAUUUCCUAGCCGUCUCAUGACAGAAAUCACCCGAAACCGCAACGGACACACAAGGAGUGUAAAAUGUUCACAUUUCGGAAUAUUUAGCGUUGUAAAUCGACCAUAUUUCGUUUCCCAAACUAUUCCGUAUAACAUAUUAAGUCAACGGUUCCUCGCGUAACCUGACAUCGCGAAACACAACGCGUGACGCUUUCAUGAAUAAAUACAUAUUGUGCGAGAAUUAAUCUUUCGUCUUUCUCGAGAUGUGAGCUUGAGACGCCUCUGCUCAAACUCCUUAAUUACGAGCGCAACAACAACCUCAAGAAACCUCACCCCAGCACCCCGGGGUUGUAAGAUUGCAUGUAGACGCGUUUUAUUUUUCGACCACGGCUAGGCGGGUUACCUCACCUCACCUUCAUGCAAACAGGCCCUAAUACGCUAAGCCACCAUUUACCCUCAGUAUUUCCUGUUGUUCCUUUUUUCUGGUAACACCUUGUUGUUUUCAUAUAGAAAUCAGCAUUCUAAUGUGGAAGCACUUAUUUACCUCUUAUUUUCUUACGCAGAUAAGGAGUGUAGCGCCGUUGUGGACAUUGCAUUCGUAAUUGAUUCAUCUGGGAGUAUCGGACGUAAGAACUGGGAGAAAAUGAAGCGAUUCCUCAAGGCUUUGGUCAGUAAACUUGAUGUUCGUCGCUCUGCCACACACAUAGCAGCUGUUGCAUACAGUAACAAUGCCGUAGUAGUAACAAGAUUUAGUGACAUCCAGAGCACAAUAGAGGUAAACCGAAAGUUAGAUGGGAUGCGUUGGCAACGUGGCUUCACUUACACGGACAAAGCUCUUCUCUUAGCGGACAGAGAUCUGUUUCAGACAGCAAAUGGGAUGAGAUGGCGAGUACCUAAGGUAAGGACCGUUUAAAAACUUGUGUUUUUUUUCCCUUUCAAAAUUAAUUGUUUUUUUUUUACAAGUAACGCAGCCCCCCAAAAAAAAAAAAGGAGGUCAUCUCCGUCUUGAAAUUAUCCUAUUUAAUCUUUUACUGUUUCAAUUGACAUUUAUAUUCGAGGGGAUAAUAACCAGUUCAGUGUCUCCUGUGGUUUGUUUUUCCUUUUAAGUCCAGCAUUAGCGUGCCAUAGUUAUGGUUAUAUUCGAUUUAAGAUUUAUAUUGAUAAGGAAUAUUAUUUACACUGUGUUUGGACAGUUGGCCUUUGUGAUCACAGACGGUAAUCAAACCACGUCAAAGCCUUACACCAAACUUUCAGUGGCUUCUCAAGGAAUGAAAAACAAAGGCGUAACUGUGUAUGCUCUCGGCGUUGGCAAUAAAGCUGCCCGUGCGGAGCUUCUGGAGAUUUCAUCUGGCCCACGGUAUGUUUUUUUUUAGCUCGUCAUCAUUUGAAGAACUUCAAAAGCUCGUCUCACUGCUGACAAGAGAAUUUUGUGAGGACAGGCUAACUAUUACAACCACAGGUAAGUGGCUUUGAACACGGUUAUGGCAGUAUCCUUGGAUUGUCGAGGUCAGAGUGUACUCGCAUAAUUUCGCCUUUAUGACAUUGUUUUUUUUUUUUUUUGGUAAGCCUGCUUUUGGAGAUGACUACAUUUCUAGAGUUUCAAAUGUUUCUGACUUUCCUUCAUUUUAAUCAACAGUUCCAACUCCACCCUCGACAACACCGCCUUUGCCAACUACCCCAGGUACUUAAAUGGAAUUUUCUUCAAAAUUGCUUUCAAACGUCAGGAGAAGAUAAUUAAUAAGGAAAAUUUUUCUCAUCAAAUCUCACAGAUCUUUGCCAAACGACGGGCUGCAGAGCUCCAUACAAUAUUGGCUGCCGCGUAGUAGACAAUAAGGUGGAGUGCAUUUGCCCAGCUUGUCAGAAUAUAUAUCGACCUGUUUGCGCGUCAGAUGGUGUCCAGGACUUAAACGAGUGUUAUCUAAGACAACAAGCUUGUCAGGGAGAUAUUAAGGGCGUAACCGUUGCCAAGCAGGAGCCUUGUGGUAUGUUUACCAUUCACUUGUUAGUGAUUUGGCUUAUUACUUACAUUUUCACCUCUCUUAUUGUCAGUGUGUUAAAGAACUAAGGGCCUGUUUGCAUGGAGGUGGGGGGCCCCAGGUAGGUGAGGUAACCCGCCUAGGUGGGGUAACCCGCCUGUCCAUAUAAUUUCUUAUUUUAUCUUGAUCACGUUUACAUGAUAGGUGAGGUGACCCGCUUAGGCGGGUUGCCCGGUCUGCCAGGUAGGGUAACCCUGUCAGCCGGGGUGACAAUUUGCCAUGUAAACGUCUCAAGGUGGGGUAACCCGCCUAACCGGGGCCGCGUUCAUGGCAAAAAGCUCAAAAGCGAAACAUGUGUGUUUUAAAACUUUGUACAUUUCCUAGCCGUCUCAUGACAGAAAUCACCCGAAACCGCAACGGACACACAAGGAGUGUAAAAUGUUCACAUUUCGGAAUAUUUAGCGUUGUAAAUCGACCAUAUUUCGUUUCCCAAACUAUUCCGUAUAACAUAUUAAGUCAACGGUUCCUCGCGUAACCUGACAUCGCGAAACACAACGCGUGACGCUUUCAUGAAUAAAUACAUAUUGUGCGAGAAUUAAUCUUUCGUCUUUCUCGAGAUGUGAGCUUGAGACGCCUCUGCUCAAACUCCUUAAUUACGAGCGCAACAGCAACCUCAAGAAAUCCACCUCAGCACCCCGGGGUUGUAAGAUUGCAUGUAGACGCGUUUUAUUUUUCGACCACGGCUUGGCGGAUUACCUCACCUCACCUUCAUGCAAACAGGCCCUAAUACGCUAAGCCACCAUUUACCCUCAGUAUUUCCUGUUGUUCCUUUUUUCUGAUAACACCUUGUUGUUUUCAUAUAGAAAUCAGCAUUCUGAUGUAGAAGCACUUAUUUACCUCUUAUUUUCUUACGCAGAUAAGGAGUGUAGCGCCGUUGUGGACAUUGCAUUCGUAAUUGAUUCAUCUGGGAGUAUCGGACGUAAGAACUGGGAGAAAAUGAAGCGAUUCCUCAAGGCUUUGGUCAGUAAACUUGAUGUUCGUCGCUCUGCCACACACAUAGCAGCUGUUGCAUACAGUAACAGUGCUGUAGUAGUAACAAGAUUUAGUGACAUCCAGAGCACAAUAGAGGUAAACCGAAAGUUAGAUGGGAUGCGUUGGCAACGUGGCUUCACUUACACGGACAAAGCUCUUCUCCUGGCGAACAGAGAUCUGUUUCAGACAGCAAAUGGGAUGAGAUGGCGAGUACCUAAGGUAAGGACCGUUUAAAAUCUUGUGUUUUUUUUCUCUUUCAAAAUUAAUUUUUUUUUUUUAAUACAAGUAACGCAGCCCCCCCAAAAAAAAAAAAAAAAGAAGGUCAUCUCCGUCUUGAAAUUAUCCUAUUUAAUCUUUUACUGUUUCAAUUGACAUUUAUAUUCGAGGGGAUAAUAACCAGUACAGUGUCUCCUGUGGUUUGUUUUUCCUUUUAAGUCCGGCAUUUGCGUGCCAUAGUUAUGGCUAUAUUCGAAUUAAGAUUUAUAUUGAUAAGGAAUAUUAUUUACACUGUGUUUGGACAGUUGGCCUUUGUGAUCACAGACGGUAAUCAAACCACGUCAAAGCCUUACACCAAACUUUCAGUGGCUUCUCAAGGAAUGAAAAACAAAGGCGUAACUGUGUAUGCUCUCGGCGUUGGCAAUAAAGCUGCCCGUGCGGAGCUUCUGGAGAUUUCAUCUGGCCCACGGUAUGUUUUUAGCUCGUCAUCAUUUGAAGAACUUCAAAAGCUCGUCUCACUGCUGACAAGAGAAUUUUGUGAGGACAGGCUAACUAUUACAACCACAGGUAAGUGGCUUUGAACACGGUUAUGGCAGUAUCCUUGGAUUGUCGAGGUCAGAGUGUACUCGCAUAAUUUCGCCUUUAUGACAUUGUUUUUUUGUUUUUUUAUUGGUAAGCCUGCUUUUGGAGAUGACUACAUUUCUAGAGUUUCAAAUGUUUCUGACUUUCCUUCAUUUUAAUCAACAGUUCCAACUCCACCCUCGACAACACCGCCUUUGCCAACUACCCCAGGUACUUAAAUGGAAUUUUCUAUAAAAUUGCUUUCAAACGUCAGGAGAAGAUAAUUAAUAAGGAAGUUUUUUCUCAUCAAAUCUCACAGAUCUUUGCCAAACGACGGGCUGCAGAGCUCCAUACAAUAUUGGCUGCCGCGUAGUAGACAAUAAGGUGGAGUGCAUUUGCCCAGCUUGUCAGAAUAUAUAUCGACCUGUUUGCGCAUCAGAUGGUGUCCAGGACUUAAACGAGUGUUAUCUAAGACAACAAGCUUGUCAGGGAGAUAUUAAGGGCGUAACCGUUGCCAAGCAGGAGCCUUGUGGUAUGUUUACCAUUCACUUGUUAGUGAUUUGGCUUAUUACUUACAUUUUCACCUCUCUUAUUGUCAGUGUGUUAAAGAACUAAGGGCCUGUUUGCAUGGAGGUGGGGGGCCCCAGGUAGGUGAGGUAACCCGCCUAGGUGGGGUAACCCGCCUGUCCAUAUAAUUUCUUAUUUUAUCUUGAUCACGUUUACAUGAUAGGUGAGGUGACCCGCUUAGGCGAGUUGCCCGGUCUGCCAGGUAGGGUAACCCUGUCAGCCGGGGUGACAAUUUGCCAUGUAAACGUCUCAAGGUGGGGUAACCCGCCUAACCGGGGCCGCGUUCAUGGCAAAAAGCUCAAAAGCGAAACAUGUGUGUUUUAAAACUUUGUACAUUUCCUAGCCGUCUCAUGACAGAAAUCACCCGAAACCGCAACGGACACACAAGGAGUGUAAAAUGUUCACAUUUCGGAAUAUUUAGCGUUGUAAAUCGACCAUAUUUCGUUUCCCAAACUAUUCCGUAUAACAUAUUAAGUCAACGGUUCCUCGCGUAACCUGACAUCGCGAAACACAACGCGUGACGCUUUCAUGAAUAAAUACAUAUUGUGCGAGAAUUAAUCUUUCGUCUUUCUCGAGAUGUGAGCUUGAGACGCCUCUGCUCAAACUCCUUAAUUACGAGCGCAACAGCAACCUCAAGAAAUCCACCUCAGCACCCCGGGGUUGUAAGAUUGCAUGUAGACGCGUUUUAUUUUUCGACCACGGCUUGGCGGAUUACCUCACCUCACCUUCAUGCAAACAGGCCCUAAUACGCUAAGCCACCAUUUACCCUCAGUAUUUCCUGUUGUUCCUUUUUUCUGAUAACACCUUGUUGUUGUCAUAUAGAAAUCAGCAUUCUAAUGUGGAAGCACUUAUUUACCUCUUAUUUUCUUACGCAGAUAAGGAGUGUAGCGCCGUUGUGGACAUUGCAUUCGUAAUUGAUUCAUCUGGGAGUAUCGGACGUAAGAACUGGGAGAAAAUGAAGCGAUUCCUCAAGGCUUUGGUCAGUAAACUUGAUGUUCGUCGCUCUGCCACACACAUAGCAGCUGUUGCAUACAGUAACAAUGCCGUAGUAGUAACAAGAUUUAGUGACAUCCAGAGCACAAUAGAGGUAAACCGAAAGUUAGAUGGGAUGCGUUGGCAACGUGGCUUCACUUACACGGACAAAGCUCUUCUCUUAGCGGACAGAGAUCUGUUUCAGACAGCAAAUGGGAUGAGAUGGCGAGUACCUAAGGUAAGGACCGUUUAAAAUCUUGUGUUUUUUUUCUCUUUCAAAAUUAAUUUUUUUUUAAAUAAAAGUAACGCAGCCCCCCCCCCCCCCCCAAAAAAAAAAAGGAGGUCAUCUCCGUCUUGAAAUUAUCCUAUUUAAUCUUUUACUGUUUUAAUUGAUCUUUAUAUUCAAGGGGAUGAUAACUAAUGCAGUGUUUUCUGUAAUUUGUUUUUCCUUUUAAGUCCGGCAUUAGCAUGCCAUGGUUAUUGUUGUAUUCGCUUUAAGAUUUAUAUUGAUAAGGAAUAUUAUUUACACUGUGUUUGGACAGUUGGCCUUUGUGAUCACAGACGGUAAUCAAACCACGUCAAAGCCUUACACCAAACUUUCAGUGGCUUCUCAAGGAAUGAAAAACAAAGGCGUAACUGUGUAUGCUCUUGGCGUUGGCAAUAAAGCUGCCCGUGCGGAGCUUCUGGAGAUUUCAUCCGGCCCACAGUAUGUUUUUAGCUCGUCAUCAUUUGAAGAACUUCAAAAGCUCGUCUCACUGCUGACAAGAGAAUUUUGUGAGGACAGGCUAACUAUUACAACCACAGGUAAGUAGCUUUGAACACGGUUAUGGCGGUAUCCCUGUAUUGUCAAGGUCAGGGUGUACUCGCAUAAUUUCGUCUUUAUAACUCUGUUCUUUUUUUCUUUCUAAUGAUAAGUUUGCUUUUGGAGAUGACUACAUCUCAAAAGCUUCCAAUUGUUUCUGACUUUCCUUCAUUUUAAUGUUUAACAGUUCCAACUCCACCCUCGACAACACCGCCUUUGCCAACAACCCCAGGUAUUUAAAUUUUCUUCAAAAUUACUUUCAACCGCCAGGAGAAGAUAAUUAAUUAGGAAAUAUUUCUCAUCAAAUCACACAGAUCCUUGCCAAACGACAGGCUGCAGAGCUCCAUACAAUCGUGGCUGUCGUGUUGUAGAGAAUCAAGCAGAAUGUAUUUGUCCACUCUGUCCCGAUGUUCGGAAGCCUGUUUGUUCGAACGAUGGUGUACAAGAUAAAAGCUUGUGCAAUUUAUAUCAGCAGUCUUGCCUGGGAAAUAUAGUAGCUUAUUCAGUAAAAACAGGACCAUGUGGUAGGUUUUCCGUCGUAAUUUAUCUCUUUGUAUAUGCUUAUUGUUUCAUGUUGUAUAAUGACAAAGUUAGUUCAUAUUAGGAAUUCCAAUUUAGUUUUUGUCAUUUUUUUUUUGUUUGUUUUUUUGUAGCUUAAUUUUUCUACAGUAUAGUGCAGCUUUUACUGAUUUAACAUGCUAGAAAGGGGGUCAUGUUAUUAACUUCAUUCAAUAGAAAUCUUAAUCCAUUCGAUCGAAAGUAAAUAUUGACCUAGAUUAAAACACAUAGAGGGUUUACUUUGAUUUUCACGCUGUUAUCACGUAGACAAGGACUGCCGUCCGCUAUUGGACAUAGCUUUCAUCGUCGAUUCAUCCGCAAGUAUUGGCAAGACAAACUGGGAAAGAACAAAAAGGUUUCUGAAAGCUUUGGUUAGCAAAUUAGACGUUAGUCCUGGGCGUACUCACGUGGCAGCUGUAGCUUACAGUACUGAUCCUAUCGUGAUUAUGAGAUUCAAAGAUGUUCAGGAUACAGACGGGGUGAAUCGAGUGCUUGACGGAAUGCGUUGGCAGCGUGGAUUAACCUAUACCGACAAAGCUCUUCAGCUCGCAGACAGAGAUAUCCUCCAAACUUCAAACGGCAUGAGGCCAAAUAUAGCGAAGGUAAUCAUCUUUCGACAGCAAUCUGGAUAAUAGACCAGGAGUCUACCUUAUUAAGAGAAUAUCAACUGCUGAUAUUCUCUUAGCCUUACUAAAUGUUUCAUGAAUUAAUUUCACUUCCAGUGCCUUGCGUCCGUUAAUGGUUUAAAGAGAUUUAAGUCAGAAAUAAAGUUUAAAACUAAACAAAUAGAUGUUUAAACUAGCAAUUAAAGUUCCUUAAUGGCGCCCUGAAAGAGAUAAGCCUUUAUAGCUUUCCAUAAACAUGUGUACUCAUAUCUUCCUCUAACAAUUUAAAACCUGGUCGUUCUGACCCGAUUCAUUAUAUAUGUUUCUUCAUAGUUUUUGAAAUUUACCUUUAACUCAAGCCUAGCACCCUUGCCCGUCUCUUGUCUCCGUUUUUUUUUCACAGUAAUUUUUCCUUGCACUUUGGGCGAAUCCGAUAACUUUUUGACUGCAUCUCUAUCAAUAAAUUGAAAUAAGUCAAAAGUCUGUUACUUUUUAUUGUUGUUGCUCUUUUGUCUUAUGUUCGUUUAAUAUGCACCCCCAUAGAUUGUCAUUCUUAUCACUGAUGGGAAGCAGACGAAAGAUGGACAGUAUACCAGCCUCCUGGAGGUCUCCGAGAGAAUCAAGAAAAAGGGGGUCACGAUGUAUUCUAUCGGUAUCGGUAACGGAGUAGAUAGAAAUGAAUUGGAAGAAAUUGCGUCCAGUCCUGAUAAGGUUUUAACACCCUCGUCCUUUGGAGAACUUCAAGCAAUUGCACCACAGAUGCGAAAAGCGAUAUGCCAAGGUAUGUAUCAAUUCGCGUGAAUUAAUUGCAUUUAGGGUUUUUUUCUGUAUUUUGGUUACUGUUGCUGUUAUUUGUGACCCUCCAUGGGAAUUUAGGGAAUAGGGUGAACGCACACUCACCGUACACUAGCACGCUAAAAGAAAAGAACGAGCUUUUAACACGUUAGCUGCGUGUAAGUUACUUGCCUCAUUAACUUGGUAGCCAUUGUCUUGCUUCGCACGGUAGAAACAAAGGAACGUGUUAAGAUCUUGUUCGCAACUUUGCACGAUAUAACACGGCGACCGUGCUAAUUUUGUAACACGCCUCUUAGCUUGUAAGAUGCCAAGAUCGGCGUACAGUAAAUAAUACGCGGCUUCGCUCGGAGAGCUUCGUUUUGCGUCGGCUAACUUGUGGUCAGGUAAUUUAGUGUUAACAACUGGGUUGAAACGUAAAUUAGCCACCGUAAAGGGUAAAAAAGCUGACGUUUCGAGCGUUAGCCCAUCGUCAGAGCGACUGAGUCGCUCGAAACGUCAGCUUUUUUACCCUUUACGGUGGCUAAUUUACGUUUUCAACCCAGUUGUUAACACUAAAUUACCUGCUAUACUCUCCCACCGACGCAGCACCACAGUUUCUUUAGAAACUUACCCCUUUAUUAACUUGUGGUCAGUUAUUUAUUUUAAAAAUGCCGGUUUGCAACGGGUGACAAAAACAAUUUCGUCAUUCAAACAUUUAACUGCUCUAAUACCAUUUAUCAUGCGAUAUGUCCCCAGACAAUUUUAAGCCAAAGUUAUUGCUUGCAAAGCUAUAGGCGCUGCAGUUUACGUGAUUUUAAUCCUAAGCACCCCUUUUAGGUUGAGAAAGGGUUGUAUGAGACUCCUGGAAAAAAGUUGCUUUCCUAGAACUUUUUUUUUCUCUCAAUGUUUUUAAGAAAUUACUGUUCAAUUUGCGAUUAUAAAUUUCUUUACAAGAUCCCGAGGCCAAGUAUCUAGCCGACGUUAUUUUCUUAAUGGAUGCAUCCAGCGGAACUGCCUCUACAUAUACCACAGAGAAAGAUCUCGUCAAGUCUCUUGCCAGGUACUUAAACAUCGAUCCAAAAGGAACCCGAGCAGCCCUUAUUGUGUUCAAUGGCAGACCUUCGGUAAUCUCUGACUUCGAAAGCUUCAGAUCACUUACUGAGUUUGAAUCGAAGGUUGACGAAGUUCCUCAUUAUGGAGGAGACCGUAGUGUUAGCGAUGCUUUACGGGAGGCGGCAGGGAUGUUUCCGAAGUCUCCGUCUUCUGUUUCCAAAGUCAUCUUUCUUGUUACUUCUGGAAAACCUCUGCAACCGCAAGACAAGAACUCAGCUGGUGAUGUAAUCAAUGAGCUAAGCGCCAUAGGUGUGAGGACGUAUCUUGCGCUGGUUGGCCCUUCCGCCAAAAUUCAAGAUUUUAGAUUCUUAGUGGACAAGACAGAAAGUGUAUUUACCGUAGAAUCUAACGGUGAUGUUCCAAAACAGGUCAAUCAAGUUGGAAGUUACAUUUUGAGUGAAUCGGGUAGGUCCCUUUGUAUUAAUGAGUAAUGAAAACCUUAUGCCUAAUUAAUAAGCCACUGAUAUAAUUUUCAAAGCUUCUCCAGAUUUGACCGAUCUAUAUCUUUCUUUUCGUAAUGGGCUGAGGUGAUCAUUAAUUUGUGUGGAAUCCAAUCACGACCGUAAACAUACCGAAAGGUAAAAAAUUUCAACGAAAACCUUUUAUUUCAAAUUCGUGGGUUCGUGUACGAAUCUGUACUAAGUUGUUCUUCGAGGGACCUGGUUAGGGAUGGCCAAUCCCAGCAUUAAUUUGGACAUAGUAUUAGCAAAGUCGUGUAUUGGCCUGCAAUGGAUUACAAUUUAUGACUGAAAAACUUGGUAUAUCGUUACAUGGAUAAGAAGCCGUGAUGAGGCUUUCUCAAAGUUUGCUUGAUUUCGUUCGGCAAUAUAAUAUUGUGUUUUUUCUCUUUUUUCACAGUUGCACCCAAGAAGCUGAAUCUUUCGACGUACGUAUUGUUUGUUCUUGACUCGUCCAAACAGGUAACUCCUGUUAAUUUCAAGACUCAAAAAGAAUUUGUUAAAUCCAUGAUGAGCCGACUAAACCUCUAUCCGGGCGAAAGCGACUCUCGAGUUGGACUUAUGGUUUACAGCGAAGAAGCAACAGUACUUUUGAAUAUAGAUAAUCGGGAAAGCAAGUCCGCUUUGGAAAGAGUGGUGGAUAAUCUGCCACAUUUAAAAAAAGGCAGAAGAAUUGACAGAGCUUUAGAAGCGGCGACCAACGUCCUGAAAGACGUCGGCACUGAUAACCCGAAGUUUGUUAUCUUGGUGACCGCAGGCCGACAAGAACCAGAUGCUAAGUCAUUCGCUGCAGCUGUCAAACCUCUACACCAAACUGGAACGAAAACACAUAUCUUUGCGGUUGGGGGUGACGUGGAUCCAAGUUACUUCCAGGGAGGGGAUAAAGCUAAGACAAAAAUUUUUUCCGUUCCUUCUUUCACCGACCUCCCUCAAAAGACAGCAAUGCUGACGGAGGACCUUUUGAAAGAAUACGGUACGUGGAUUUCCGUUGUUAUAACUACCUACGAAGGAGUCUGCGUGAUCUGUUAUUAUAAUUCGUUUCCACCAAAGAUUCGUAUUAGAAUUCUCCUUUUUAUCGAUAGUACAUCUUUUAGUGGAAGCAUACCACAGAUUUUUUUUUUAACUCGUCUCUGCAAACUCUUAAAUGGUUAAUAUAUUAAGGUAGUUACUUGCUGGUUACUUAUGGGUUGAUUCUUUCCUUCAAGGGCUUAGGUGUAGCUUCGCCAGUUAAUGGACGCUUAAACAAUUCAUUUAAAAGGCUGUUUUUUAGUUUAAGAUGUUUAACAAUGACGGGAACUCUGACCCUUAGUGUAUUAUCCGACUUUGGAGAAUGGACCAGAGCAGAGAUGAUGUAGUGAUGACAGCACUCACCGCUCACCACUGUGGCUUGUUUUAUUUCCCUGGCCUGGUGUCACUGUGACUUGGGCUUUGUAAUCUCGUCUUCUUCGUGUUCCUGCUCAACUAAGUUUUUUCACCGGUUUACAUUAAAACCAUCAUUUUAAAGUAGAUUCAAACCAAAAUUGCCCUGAGGCAAGGAAUCACCGAGUGUUUAAUGUCAGAGCACAUUUGUGCUUUAUUUUAUUCCUUCUAUUCAUUUAUUAAUUCAAUUAUAUUUUGUGGGUAUGUGGCGUAUAAUACCACUCGUAAAAACUGUCUCUCUCUAUUGUCCUUUCCAACUCCAAAGUCUUUCUAUAUCAGUCGGUCUCUUUGGAAUUUUCAGGCGAAAUAAAAAUCUUUGACUGUACCUGAUGUCACAAAACUUAUUACAGUAUUUCUUGGGAUAAGCAGUAAAGCGCCCAGGAAAAUGUCCAAAUCCCAUUUUGGUAACUACUAUCUGACUAAUAUAUAUAUUUUUUUUUUUUUUCAGUUGCUCCACAAUCUACAGGUAAGAACACUGAACACUUGGUGGAAUUCUUCUCGUGAUAGAAAGAAAGGAAGGCCUCCAGACUAUCGCAACAAGUCAACUAAACCACGAAAGAAAAAUCUUACAACAAAACAUACUUUCAAGAAGUAAAUCUGAAUGUACCGGGUACAAUACGAUAAAAACCAACCGAGAGUUUAGCGGAAUAUCAGAACAAAAAUUAACUUUUAACCUUAGAUAAAUCCUGACCGCGAUAUAAGCAGGAGGCCUCCGUUGUGUAGUUAUAUACCACAGUGGGACUCGCAAUCAGGCGGUAAACUGUUGCUACUCUCAACAUUGUCCGACAAAUGAUUUACAAACAAAUUAUUUUUUCAGUUGCUACCACAACUACAGCUCCAAUCCAAACAACGCCUAGCCCUACAGGUAAGAACCGUAAGGCCGGUCAUUUACACAAAGUCUAACCCAAACACGUUUUUACGCAAGCGGUGGGCUUCGUGUAUUCUCUAUAAGAGGGUUGAUUUUAGUCAAUAAAUUUCCUUCCACUGUUAGCUUACGAUCGUCGUGUCACUGUUCACAAAGUUGAAUGUUCAGAGAAAAGAUUCAACUAAAACGAAGAUAGUUUAGAACGCGGUUUUGUUAAACAACGGCUAAACUUCACUGAACGACUUAACGUACAACCAAGUCUUGAUUAGGAAGAA